AGGAAUAAUUGAGGGCAAACAGUUUUUUAACUCUAUUGAAUUCAGUGCCAAUUUUCUUGGCAUGCGGCUAUAAAAGAAGGCGACAAACCUAGAUUAACUACAAUACUUUAUAACAAACUCAUAUCGAGUCUGCAGUUGAGUCCACCCGACUGAGUAACCUUCCUCACUUGCAGUAAACAUGAAGACCACAAUGAUGAUCUUUGGCCUGCUUUUCACGUUAGCCUUGAUUUCACAGACCGAGUGCUUUACGGCUGGAAUCGGAAACGUGGGAAAGAGGCAGCUAACGAAGGUAGAUAACUUUUUUUCACGAUCAAAAAUUGAUCUCAAAAACUUUUGUUAUCCUCUGAAAGCAAAUUUAAUACGAAUUUUUAAGUUAACUGUAUUUCGCUUCUGGGAUCAGUCUAUUUUCAUAUUUUAGAUGCCGUGUUGUUAGAGGUGUUUCACGAAGCCUUUUUUUUGGUCAAAAAGAUGUUAUGAGCGGUAACCAAAUAGAAUAGCGAAAACAAAAUCAUUAAAUUCUCCAUUUUUGAACGUUUGAAAAAAAAAAUUAAUUUGAAAUUUUUUAAUUCAUUUUCUCUAAGAAAUUUUUCUACCGUUAAUUUUUAUGGCAAUUUCGAUUUCUUGUUUCAGCUUUAAUGAAUACAUGAAUUAAAAUCCCCACGCAAAUGUGAAAUAAGUCGAAGUGAACGAAAUCUUCUAACGACACAAGGCGAAAAUUAAAGGAGUGAAAAAUUAAACAACGAAAAGGCAUCUAAAAGAGACUGCUUUUUAGCCGGAAUGGCUAUUAUGUCAAAGUUUUCAAUAUUUCAGGUCUAUUCAUUGUAUCAGUAAAUACUAUUGUUCAUUCGCUUCCGAAACUUUGUCCAAAUCUACCAAAAAGAAGGCUUUAAAAGAAUCCGAAUUCUAGGUGGAAAAUAUUAUAAAAUUCAAAUACCUUACCUUGGAAAUAAGACAACCUUAAUUUUCGGUUAGGAACAAUAUAUUCGAACAUUAAUUUAGUCAAAGUUGAUACUCAGAAGCAAUAAAGUAUCCUGUCCUUACUUUUAAUUUCACUUAAAUAUUCCCAAAAUGAGAGGAUACCGCUGUCCAAUUCUAAAUCUGAGAUAAGUUCUAUUUUUUUUUUAACUGCUGAAAUAUAAAUAUAUAGCAAGUGCAGUUCUUGUUGAAUUAAUACUGGGCAAUUCGUGACAAACAGGAUUUGAAAGACAAUCAAAUUUUCAGCGGUAUGUUAAGUUUGAAAUGAUAAAGGUAUCAAAACAUUGCAUAAUAUUAUAAAAUUUUGAUGCCUCUCAUAGAAGUAUUCCGAGCUUAUAGGCUUCCUCCUGGGGAAUUGAUUCGGUUUCCUCUAUCUUUAUUAAACUCCUGGCUGAAAAUCAAGAUUCGAGCCAUCAUAUUCACGUGAGAAAAAAUAUACAAGAUUACUUGGCUAUUCGAGUCCAAAAGAAAAAUAAAAUCUAAAAUACCUCUCUAAGAAUCCUCCUCGCGCAGGAUUUGAACCUGGGGUAGCUUUCCUUUUAUUCUUCUUCACUCUGAUUCUAUAACUUGCACCUAGAGUACACUGUGGUCUUAAACAUCUGUUUUUUAUUCGUCUGUUUCAGGCAUACCAGUCGUUAGAUCGCAUUUGCAGGGAAACACAAGCUAUCUGUGUGGAGGCCGCAAAGGAUGUCUCACGGCGAUCAAAGACAGCGAAACGCUCUCAGGACACAGGGCUGAAUAUGGAAUGAUUAGCAAAUAACAACAUGUGAAACUAAAACCUACUGAAGAAGACAGCCUGAAAAAUGACACACGUUCGAAAUUUAUCAAAGGUCCCCUUUCCUGUUACGAAGAGCGGUUUUAUUUGUGUAAAACACUUUCCAUUCGCUUUUCGAAGAAUUAUUUUUUUUCGAUGUCAAUAUAUAAAAGAGAGAAGGAAAAAAUAGGAAUGUUGAAGAAUAAAGUACAUGCUUCAAAAAUUGUUAUGGUGGC